AUGCCUACCGCAUCCCCCAAUACCAUAAAGCUUAUUUCCGGGAACUCGCACCCUGAGCUAUCGAAACUGGUAGCAGCCAAACUAGGCAUCCCGUUGGCCAGAGUGGGAGCUUUCCAAUACACCAAUCAAGAGACAGCCGUGGCCAUAGGAGAAUCUGUGAGAGACGAAGAUGUUUAUAUACUUCAAACUGGAUGUGGAGAACAUACCAUAAAUGACUUCCUUAUGGAGUUGUUGAUGAUGAUAAAUGCAUGUAAGAUGGCCAGUGCCCGUCGAAUCACUGCUGUUAUCCCCCAUUUUGCUUAUGCCAGGCAAGACAAGAAAGAUAAGAGCAGAGCACCUAUUACAGCGAAAUUGAUAGCCAACUUACUCCAGAUCGCUGGCUGUCAUCAUGUGAUCACCUUGGACCUCCAUGCUUCGCAGAUUCAAGGAUUCUUCAGAGCACCAGUAGACAACUUGUACGCUGAGCCAAGUGUCCUCAGAUAUAUUAGUGAAAAUUAUGAUGUGAAAGACUUAAUAAUUGUAUCGCCAGAUGCUGGUGGUGCAAAACGGGUAGCAUCUAUCGCAGAUAAGCUCGACGUCAAUUUCGCAUUAAUCCACAAGGAAAGACAAAAAGCUAACGAAGUGUCCAAGAUGGUAUUGGUUGGUGAUGUCACAGGGAAAGUAUGUGUCUUGGUUGACGAUAUGGCAGACACUUGUGGUACCUUAUGUAAGGCAGCAGAUAUCUUGUUGGAUAAUGGUGCACAGAAGGUCGUGGCCAUUGUCACUCAUGGGAUCUUUUCUGGUGGAGCUAUUGCCAAACUAAAUGGGUCGAGAUUAGACAAAAUUGUAUGCACAAAUUCCUUACCCAUGGACCAUAUAACUGCCCAAUGCCCAAAAUUGCAUACCAUUGAUAUCAGUGGAGUAUUGGCAGAAGCCGUAAGAAGAUUGCAUAAUGGUGAAAGUGUCAGUUAUUUAUUUAACAACGUACCAUAG